UUAUCUCUUUUCUCUCGAACAGAAAGAGAUAGAGAUAUUUCAAAGGGUGAGUUAUUUUUGAGUGGUGGGGAGACAACCCGUUGGACGAGUUGCCGUCACCGAUCACAAAUCAGUUCGUUUUCGUCUUUCGUUCACCGAGCCUAUUUGAGUUUCAAGAGUUUUUAUUUCAACGAAAAUGUGUGACAACAAAGAUCCAUUAACCAGUGGAAGUGUUGAGAAGAGAGAGGAGCAAUUCAAUGACGAAAAAAGGGGUAUUUUUACAAAUGCCUUACGUCAUGCAUUCUCAAUUUAUGAAAGCAGAUCUCUCAUUUCCGAGAAUCCUCCUGCGUUAGCAAACGCUGACGCCAUAGCGAUCGGCGAGUGUAUCGCGAACGAAACGAUUCGAAUUUUACAAGAGUACGUUAUCGUUCACGAUGAAGAUCUCAUUUCGUAUCAUGAGCCUAAUAAAGAUAAAGCAUAUAAAGCAUGUACUUUCAACAAGGAUGAAAUAGAUCCCUUUUUUAAUCUUGCGGAUUACCAAGCGACUUUACAGGAUUAUGUUCCGUUAGACUACAAGAAAGAAGCCGUUACUUACGCCAAGAUCCAUCCUAAUUAUUCAUUAGAAGUCCUUCAAGCAAGUGGUUUUUCACGGCUAGAGACAAAAGAUGAUUUGAAAGAAUGGGCUGACGACAUCGAAAAAGGAGGAACCAGGUUGGAUAAAUUAUUACAGAUUGACUCCGAGACAAUCAAAAAGUUUGAGAAAUCUCGAUCGAUCUAUGAGCAAGUGACAACGCGGACACUCCAGCUAUGGGCGACGGCCAUCGCUUUUCCGUUAUUAUCGGAAAAUUUUUCUUUCGUUGCGAGUACGAAGUGGGUGAAGUAUUUUAAAAGGAAACAUGGAAUUCGCCAGAGGAAAAUCACGAAAUUUCUCAGUAAAAAUGAGGUGGCAACCUUUGAAGAAACCGUAAAAGCAGCAGGGCGAUUUCAGACACAAGUGACUUCGGUAAUAGGAAAUUGAAGCCCAAAAUUUAUUGUACAUACCGAUCAAACGGGAUGUACAUAUAAGUCAAUGUAUAAUCGCUCAUUGGAAUUUAAGGGGGUCCUCUGUUUUGACGCCCUGAUUUUUGAGCAUAUUUUGGGAUUUUUUUGUAAAGACCAAUGAAGAGAUAGAACUUUGAACUUUUUAUCAUUUAUUUAUACAUAUUUCAAGAGUAUACAGUUAAAUUUUUAGCUAAAAAUAUUCAGUAGAAUUAAAGUUAUAGUGGUCUGAAGACACCCGCCUCGAAAAAAUGGACGCCCACUUCCUCCAUUCUAUCAGCUGAUUGGCUUAUCUGAAACAAAAAAACCAGGCGGGGUUUUAAUCUGUAUACUUGAAUACAUCGAGUGGACUA